AUGAGUGCAAUAAAUUUAAGAUUAUUACAAGAUAGCGAAAUUGAAAAUUAUGGAUCACCAAAGAACAUUAGUGAUUUAAUGGAAGAGGUUAGAAGUUUAUUUGACAAUAUAAAAACCGUACCAACAUCAUCAAAUAAAAUCUCGAUUGGAGUCAAUUCAUCACCAGUUUUAGAAACAAAUUCAAUAAAUAAUAACUUUAAUAGUAAUAAUAAAUGUUCAAAUCCAUCUACAAUUUUAAAACCAUCUGAAAGAAUAUUUAAACUUAAUAAUAAUAGUAAUGGUAAUAAUAAUAAUACAAGUAGUAGUAUUACAAAUAAUGUAAUAAAUAAUUUAAAUGUAUUAAAUAGUUAUAAUAAUAAUAAUAACCAUAAUAAUAAUAAACAAAAUAAAAUUGAAUCAUCAUUUAUUGAUGUUAAAAAAAUUGGGUUAAAAGAGUUAGCACUAUUAUUAACAAAGAGAAGAGAAGGUUCAGUUCACAUUCAAGCCAUUCAACAAAUUUAUGAGCUUUAUUUACAAGCAAGCUCAAUAAACUCAAAAAAACAAGAAUUUUUAGAUGAGAUUAGUAAGGGUACCUGUUUAAGAUCAUUGCUUUCAUAUCUAACUCUUUCAGAACCAAAGUUCAAUUCAUUCGAAUAUAAUAGCCAAAUGGAGUCAAUCAAAUUAAUUUCAAUUUUAACUGGUAAUGAUUCAAUUAAAACUUUUAUAAAGCAAACUGGUGAUAUUUCAACUAUAGUUCAAGUUUUAAAUUGGUCUCAUAAAUUAAAUCAAUAUCACACAUUUAAUUUAAAUUUAUUAAAUUUAAUUUCAAAUUUAGCAACCCAAGAAUCAUGUGCAUCUAUUUUAAGAAAAGCAGGUGCUAUUGGGGCAAUUUUAUCAAUUGCUGUAAAUGAAUCGGUUUCAAAUGACCUAAGAAUAGUUUCAUUAAAUACUCUAAUUAUUUUUUCAAGUUACUCAAACCCAAAAAUUAGUGAAGCAAUUAUUUCAAAAUCAUCUUUAGAAGCUAUUAUUAACAAUAUUGUUAAGACAUGUCUUACAACCACAACUUUAUCCACAAAUUCAUCCAAUCAAAUUAACCAAUUGUCUAUAAAGUUUUUAGAUUUACUUUUCCAAGUUUCAGAUUGUGCAAAAACUAGAGCUAUUGCUUGUGAGUGUGGUCUUGAAAAACUAUUAAGUUUAAUUAAUAUAGAUUUAAUUUAUCCAAAAGAAUUGCACAGAGUAAAUUUCUUUAGAGUUUCAAAUGUAACCAAAGAUGACCCAACAAUCCCACAAACAAAUCUUCAAGCUAAAAUUUUACAAUGCUUAGAAAAAUUAGCAAAACAUGAAAACAAUAGAUUAAAAAUUGGUUUGCAAUCUACUGAACUAGCUCUCAAGUUUAUUUCACCAUUAUUUAAUUUACCAAAAGAAAUCUUUAAAUGGAAUACAACAAUUUUAGAAAGAAUAUUAAAAUUAACAAUUCAAAUUCUUCAAGAUGAUAAAUGCAAACAAUUGUUUGUUGAAAAUGAUGGAUGUAAAACAAUGUUAUGGAUGGUACAAAAUGAUAGUUUCAAUUCUUCCAUUUUAUUAUCAUGUGCUCAAGUUUUGGGUCAAAUUGUUGCCGCUAAAAAAUCAAUAUCAUCUUCAAUUAAUUUCCCAGUUGAUAAAAUUAUUGAUAGUGAGGUAAUUCCAUCUCUUAUUACAUUGUAUAAAAAUCAUCCAGAAGAGAAAUCUUUACAACUUUUAUUAUGUCAAGUUUUUAAAUAUUUAGGUUCCACUGAUGAAAAUAAACAAACCAUUUUCUAUGAAGGAGGUUUUCAAAUUUUACACAAUUUAUUAAAUGGAGAGGAUUUAGAAGUAGUAUCAUCAUCAUUGGACGCUCUUGCUGUACUUUCGACAAAUAUAUUUAUUAGAAAAGUCUUAAGAUUAUUGGGAUCAAUUUCAACUAUUAUUUCAAAGAUUUCAUUACAAAAUUCAAAAAUUCAAAAAAGCUCAAUCAUUAUUUUAUAUAAUAUUUCUGGCGAUGAUGAAGGUAUAGAGUUAUUAUUAGAUCCAGCCAAUGGUUUAUCAAUGGCUAAUCUUAAUUCAUUAUUAUUUUGUAAUGAUUCAGAAAUUCAAAUUUCAGUUGUAUUGUUAAUAGAUAAUUUAAUAUCAUUUGAUAAAAAUUAUUUAGAGAAAUUUGUAGAUAACGGUGGUAUUGCAUCAUUAUUGAACUCUUUAUACUCAAAUAAUGAGAAGCUUCAAUUCAAUGUAUUGAAUCUCUUAAAUAUAAUUAUUCAAAAUCCAAAAGCUCAACCAAUCAUUUUAAAUUCAGGAAUUGUUAAUAAAUUAAAAAGUUUAUCAACUCAUGAAAAUGUAAUUAAAGAAGGGUCGACACUAAUUGAACCAAUGAGAUCAUUUAUUAUUGCAGUUAAAUCAAUUCCACAACCACAACCAACUUCACCAAUAAUUACUCCAGCUUCAACAAUAACAGCCUCACCAUCAACAGUUAAAUCACCUCAGUUUUUAAAGAAGGAAUCACAAGAAACUAUAGAUUCUAAAAAUAAAAUAACAGGUAUUCAAAUAGGAAACAGAUCAAUAUCAUCAAAUCAACUACCAACACGUGCCCAGAACAUUCAAAAACAAACACAUUUAGAUGAAAAGCCAUUAAGCGUUUCUACAGGUUCAGUACCACCACCAUUUUCAGCAUUACCAUUUCACUCACCACCCUCCACACCCUCCACACCGGUCCAAUUACCAGAUUUUAAAAAGAUUUCAGCAGUUUUAGAAAAGUUAAAUGAAGAGCAAUUAAGAGAUGUCGUAAUAGAGCUAAUCAAACAAACUCCAUCCAUUGGUGAGAAUAUAUCAACUACAAUUAGAAAUGUUAUUACUGGUAAUAAACUCCCAUAUCCAACCGCAAAUCCAAUUAUUACAUCACCAUUAUCAUCAAGCUCUGGUAUUCCACCACCUCCACCACCUCCACCACUUUUCCCAUCAUUAAACAGCAACAGUAAUAAUGAUUCACCCUUUGCAAAUAUUCAACUAAAACCAGUACAAAAAGUUGAUAAAAAAGAAAGUUCACCAAAUAGUAAUGGUAUGAUUUCAGCAAGCGAUAUUUUAUCAUCUCCUGUAUUUUUAAAACGUCAAAACGACCCAACACCUAUAUCAGAAAGCAACACUAUAAAAACCAGUAACAGCAAUAAUUCACCAUUUUCAAAUUUAAUGAAUGAAUUACAAGGUAAAGUUGGAAAAAUGAAAUUAAAACAUAUAGAUACAGCCCAAGAAAUGGAGAAUCGUAGAAAAGAUAGAUUGAUGGAAAAGAAUCAAGGUUUGUUAAAAGAUAUCGUCAACAAUGCAGAUCUAAGAAAUAAAACAAACAAAAAAACCCUUAUCGAUUCAAGUGUUAGUCAUGGUAUGAAAAUUUGGAAAAAGAGCUUUGACCUCUAUAAGCAGGAGAUUAAUGCAUCAUUUAAACGUUAUGAUGUUUUAGCAAUUCUAGUAUUUAAAAUUUUAGAUUCUCUUGGUGAUUUCCCAUUCAAAGAUGCUCUCGAAAUUUCUGGCUUAUCCAGUGAAGUGCUAUCUCAACAACUAUUAAGAAUUGGUUUUAAUUUGAAAUCCUCAACUUAUGUAACAUCUUCAGACCCAGAGAACCCUGUCACAGAAUACAGCUCCAUCAUUAAACCAACUGGAAUUCCUGUGAAAUUAAUUUUAUCUUUAAUUAUUGGCCAAAUUAAUAAAUAA